CUUUUACUUGUUACGUCAGUGCUGAUUAAAUUGCUACAUACUUGCACGUAUUCGGUACAAUUAUUUUAAGUGAAUUCAGACAAAUAAAAAAUUUAUUAACGAAACAAUUCUAUUCUGCCUACGCGGAAAUGGGUUUUAUGUACAUUCAUCAUAGUGUACAACAACAUAGAGAACAAGAGCACGUUGUACGCUCCUAUCAUUGACACUAAUUUGAGUAUAAGCUCAUACAUAUGCAACUGUUCUGCUACAAAAAAUUGUAUUCCCAUAUAGACGAAGAAUCAGUAAAAGCAAUCUAGUAAACAUAAACAAAAGCACCGGUGAUAAUAAAAGCUAUUUAAGGAAUUGCUCCAAGUUGGACUUGUUUAAUAGCCGCACCGCAAAUGCAAAUAUUUAGACAUUGCACUGUGUGUUUCCGAUAUUUGCCAUUGCAUUUUACUACACGUAAAUUGCUUGUGACUUUUGUAGCUGCUGUGAAUAUUUUAAACUCUGCUGCUUCGAUAGAAGGCAUAGGCGACAAGACCUGCAGUCGUAGCUUAUCUUCCAAUUGUAAAGACAUGAGUACUGCCUCUGAAGAUUCUUAUACUGCAGGUAGCAGCUCGGUGGCAUUCGUAACAACACCAGAUGAAAAGUUGGCUAAAAAAUUAGCACAAGGCUUGGUGGAAAAGAAAUUGGCCGCUUGUGUUAACAUAAUUCCACAAAUACAAUCGAUUUACAUGUGGGAGGGCAAGGUGAAUGAGGAUAAUGAAUAUCUAAUGAUGAUUAAGACACGGACAAGCCGUUUGGACGAUUUGAUAAAGUUCGUACGUGAGAAUCAUUCGUACAGUGUAGCUGAGAUUAUAACCUUGCCCAUUGAAAAGGGCAAUGUACCAUAUUUGAGUUGGAUUGCGCAGACUGUGCCAGAUAAGAAAUGAAAUGCUACAAAUGAGAAAAAAAGUGCAUGGUAAUUUUUAGAACGCAUUAAGAUUUGUAUGAUGCAAAUUAAGAAAUAAAUCUAAACUUACUUCAUUGUUA